AACAGAGGCUCGUGUUCACGACCUCAGCUCUGCGUCUGUCGGUCAGGGUUCCAGGGUUCAAGGUGUGAAGAAAUUGUUCCAGAACAGCCCUACAUACCCCGCAUGUUCUCGUCAAGAUCCUUCUCAUCUCGGUCGUCUGCUUUGCGCUCAAACGUAUUCCAGAGGACUGACAGCAGCACAAAAAACACGACAAGGAGUAAAAAUGAGCCCCCAGCAGGACAUAGAGCUUCACUAAUAGGCCAAAGCUCUGUCAGUACAUUGAGUAGAUAUGGACAGCCUGUUAAUACUCAGCAAGUGCCUGGAACAUUACGUACUGUGAAACAUCUAUCGAAUGGAAAUGGACAGCUACUCUCAAAUGCGUUAUUUAAUGGCAAUGGGCAGGCACGGGUCCAGAAUCGUUUCACAACAAAUGGGCAAACAUUAGUCGAAAAUGAGCAUCCGUUGUUACGAGGGGCAAACCUGACCACCAAUAUAGGAACAAUAAAAAUAGUCUUCACGCCAACUAUUUGCAAACGCCAGUGUAUAAAUGGAAAGUGUUACAACAAUUGUAAAAAAGGCGACCCAACCACCCUUUACAGCGAAAAUGGUUACGGCCCUGUGUCCAAAUCAGGUUUUCGAAUCUAUUUCUGCCAGAUCCCCUGCCUGAAUGGAGGAUACUGCAUUGGAAGAGACAAGUGCAGGUGCCCAUCAAACUCAACAGGGAAGUUCUGCCACCUUCCAGUUCCUCCUGAAAAGCAAACUGUGUCAAAGACAGUACCUGCCCGUUCAUCAGCUUCGCAGUCUGUGUAUACUCUGCCUCUUUCGAACCAACAAGUUGUAAUGCUUCCGUCCUUGGUUAAUAUCCACGUAAACCACCCACCAGAGGCCACUGUGCAGAUUCAUCAAGUGGCAAGAGUUAAAACCGUACCUGACACUCCAAUCAAGAACAGCAUAAAACUGUCACAGGAGCAACAGCCAACCCAUUCAGUUCAACAAAGGUCACAGCUUAAUGCUAAUGGAAAUGUAAACGGCCAGCCCAAACCUCAGUCACAACCUCAGUCACAACCACAGUCACAACCACAACCACCAACCAGAACUCUGAAUGUGGGAAGAUGCUUUCAGGAAACAGCUGAUGGUCAGUGUGGAAAACCCCUUCCAGGUCUCACAAAACAGGAUGAUUGUUGUGGGAGCGUAGGAAUAUCAUGGGGGUACCAUAAAUGUACAAAAUGUCCUCCAAAACCAGAAUAUCCCAAGAUACAGAAUGGCCAGGUUGAAUGUCCUCUGGGCUAUAAAAAAAUGAACCAGACAAGUUGUCAAGAUAUCAACGAAUGCCUGAUGUCAGGAAUGUGUCAAAAUGCUAACUGUUUGAACACCAGAGGUAGCUACAGAUGUACGUGUAAACCUGGGUAUAUGAUGGAUACAUCAAGGAGCCACUGCAUCUCGGACAAAGCUGUUUCGGUAGAAAAAGGCACUUGUUUUAGAUCGCUGUCCAGAAGGAACUGCUCGCUGCCUCUUUCUCAGCAGAUCACGAAACAGAUCUGCUGCUGUAGCCGAGUGGGCAAAGGAUGGGGUAAAAACUGUGAAAAGUGCCCGCUGCCUGGCUCAGCUGUCUUUGAUGAAAUCUGUCCAGCGGGUCAUGGGUAUCAUUACUCUCGGUCUCACGUCCAGAUUUCAGUGAGACCUGCUGAAGAACAUGAAUUAGCUCAGAUUACCUCUGAACAAUAUCUUGACAGUCAGCAGAGCACCAUCAAGGAUUCCGAUUUAACUUCAAAGGAAAAGGAUGAAUUUAUUAGGUUAGAAGGAUACGAUACGACAAUAAAAACUCCUCAACCCUUUGCACCUGCUCAUAUUCCAAGAAUUGAUGCCUAUCCAGUGGAAGUACUAGUGAAGACAAGUCCACCUACUCUGGUGCAAAUUGUUCCUGAACCUACCCCGAGACAGGUGGCUUCAGUAUUUGCAACAGAAAUUUCAGUUGUAAAUAUAUGUGACAUUUCGCCAAACAUCUGUGGUCCAGGAAUUUGCAUCAGUCAGCAAGUGGGGUAUUUGUGUAACUGUGACCCAGGUUAUCAGCUAAAUGAUCAGAAAACAAAGUGCGUCGAUAUUGAUGAAUGCUGGCAAAUCCCACAGUUUUGUAGCUAUGGACGAUGUGAAAAUACAGUGGGAAGCUAUCGAUGUGUUUGUUCAAUUGGUUUUGUGCUGAACCAACAAGGCAUCGACUGCAUAGAUAUAAAUGAGUGUGAAGGAGACCCAUGUGAAGGAAAAGGCCAUUGUACCAAUACAGCGGGCACAUACUCCUGUUCCUGCUAUUCUGGCUAUACAUUAGCUAUCUUAGAAGACAAACAGACCUGCCAAGAUAUAAAUGAAUGUGCUCAGGCUCAUUUGUGCCAUAGAGGACGUUGUAUCAACACCCCAGGUUCUUAUCACUGUGACUGUGAAGAGGGUUACAUCAUGGCUCCAUCAGGACAGUGUAACGAUAUUAAUGAAUGCAGUAGUCCCAAUACAUGUCCUACUGGAGAGUGUAUCAAUACUCUGGGUUCCUUUGAAUGUGUCAGCUGUUCAGUUGGAUACAAAGCAAUGAAUGGACGAUGUGUAGAUGAGAACGAAUGCUUGACAUUUGGCAUUUGUGCCAAUGGAAAUUGUAUAAAUGUGGAUGGAUCCUACCGAUGCAGUUGUAACCAAGGGUUUGAACUCGGGGAUAACCUGAAGAGUUGCAGAGAUAUCGAUGAAUGUAUGACUCUUGAUGUUUGUUUCAAUGGACUUUGUACAAACACUGAGGGAUCUUAUGAAUGUUCAUCCUGCAGUCUUGGCUACAAACUAUCAGAAGACAGACACAGAUGUGAAGACAUGAAUGAAUGCUUGAGCAAGGAUGUCUGUGGUCCAAACGGAGAAUGUGUUAACAGUGAAGGAUCCUAUUUCUGCAUUUGUGCCAGGGGUUUCACCACUACUCCUGAUGGUACAGGCUGCCAAGAUAUUAAUGAAUGCUUGGCCAGAGACAUCUGUGGUCCAAAUGGAGAAUGCAUAAACAAUGAAGGAGGAUCUUAUCACUGUCUCUGUGCUCAGGGCUACACCACUACUACUGAUGGAACAGGCUGUGAAGAUGUGGAUGAAUGCAGUGACGAAACUAAAUGUUCAGGGGGACAAUGCAUAAAUACCGAUGGAUCAUAUAUGUGUAGAUGUGAUGCAGGUUUCACACAUUUACCUGAAGCAGAACAAUGUAUAGAUAUCGAUGAAUGCAGUUUAUAUGGCAGCUCAGUCUGUGGAGUCUGGAAAUGUGAGAAUACGGUUGGGUCCUACCAGUGCAUCGUAAGAUGCCAACCUGGUUUCCAACGUACAGCGAUCGGAGAAUGCAUUGAUAUUGAUGAGUGUAUGAAUGGAACGAUCUGUGGUACUCAUGGAUAUUGCGAAAAUACAGAUGGAUCCUUUCGUUGCCAUUGUGACCAAGGUUUUGAGAUUCCACCAGGGGGCCAAGGAUGUGUAGAUGUCAAUGAAUGUGAGAUGAUGAAUGGAGUCUGUGGAACAGCCCUCUGUGAAAAUUAUGAAGGAUCCUUCUUCUGUGUGUGCAUGGAUGAGAAUGAAGACUUUGACCCAGCAAGAGGACAGUGCCACCCUCGGGUAACAAUGGAACAGACACCAGUGUCCAUGAUGCCAGCUCCUGCAAAGGGGGAUUUGAAGGCAUGCUACUACAAUCUGAAUGAUGAGAACUUCUGCGAUAAUUUGCUGUCCCGAAACAUCACAAAGGAAGAAUGCUGCUGUACUGUUGGACUCGGUUGGGGUGAUAACUGUGAAGUUCACCCUUGUCCCAUGAUCAACACAGAUGAAUACAAUGAAAUUUGUCCAGAUGGAAAAGGCUUUAUUCCAUUUCAGAUCGGUUCUUUUAGCUUUGGAUCACAAAGCUAUGGAGAUGCGGAUGAAUGUACAAUGUUUGGAUCAGAAAUUUGCAAGAAUGGGCAUUGUGUAAAUAAUAUAGGUGACUACGCCUGUUACUGUGACACUGGAUAUUACUAUAACAAUGUACGACUGGAAUGUGUUGAUAUUGAUGAGUGUCAAGAUGAAAAUACAUGUGUGAAUGGAGAGUGUGUCAAUACACCAGGAUCUUUUAACUGUUUCUGCAGCCCACCACUUACACUGGAUGUAACCCGUAAAAAAUGUAUAAAUGGCACAGAAUUAGGAGUUAACUCUGAAGAGGUAGAUACAUAUCUGGAUAUAUGCUGGCAAGCAGUGACUGAGGAUGACAUCUGUAGUAAGCCUUUGAGGACCAGAUCAACAACAUACACUGAAUGCUGCUGCUUGUAUGGAGAGGCCUGGGGCCUACAAUGUGCUUUCUGCCCCUCCAGAACAUCAGUUGAUUUUGCACAGCUUUGUAAUAUUCCUAGGAUAUUUGGCGAUGCAUCAACUGGGCUCCGGGAUAGACCUGGUUAUGAAUAUGGCCCAGAAAUACCACCCUUUGGUCAGGAUUUCCAACCUGGAAUUGGAUCAUAUGAUAAUUACGUUCAGCCUGAAUAUAGACCAUAUGAUUCCCAACAGGGGCUAGAAUAUGGAUUGGGAGAUCCCUAUCUGAGACAGAGAGAUCCGCAACCCGACUCGAGGUAUGAACUGAGAGAUCCUUAUCCAGCUCAUCAAUAUGGCCCAGUAGAACCUCAAUAUGGUGAAGCAUAUGGACUAAGAAAUUCACAACCUGGAUCUGAGUAUAGUUCUACGGGAUAUUUACGGAUUCCACAGUACCGUCCUCGGGAGCCUGGAAGAAUCCCAUUGUUUAGUAGCAGUGAGAAUGAUCGUUCCAGUAGUUUUGAAGGCUUACAAGCAGAGGAGUGUGGGAUUCUGAAUGGCUGUGAAAAUGGGCGAUGUGUUCGAGUGCAGGAAGGAUACACCUGUGAUUGUUUUGAUGGUUUUGAGCUCGACAUGACAAAAAUGACUUGUGUAGAUAUUAAUGAAUGUGAGGAUCUGAGUGAUAGCAUACCACUCUGCCGGAAUGCAAGCUGUGAGAACACAGAAGGAUCAUAUAAGUGCAUCUGUUUACCAGGCUUUGUGCUUUCCCAGUAUCCUAAUGACUGUAUACCAGAAAUAGAAACAGAACAUCAGUAAGAAUACGGACAUUGUCACCUGGCAAGUGAUAAAGAAGCACUUGGAUUGGAUGACAGGCAAGGGAUUUCUGGAACCUAGGAGCAGAAUGAAAUGGACCUCCCUGUAGCAGCUUGAAGGAAUUGCUCUAAUUGUGUUGUUUUGGGGCCAGCAUGCAUGUCAAUUAUUUCCUACUCAAUGCAACAUAUAGCAAACAUUCAGUUAGGUAUGAAGUUGGAGAACAGUAAGCUGGAUCUUGCCAUUCAACAACUUGAUUUCAUAAAGGUCCACAGUACAGAAAAAAGGCCAUUUGGCCCAUUAAGUCUGUGCCAGCUCUCUGCCACCUUUCACACAGAAAACACACAUUUAUAUGUAAUUCGCAUGUAUUCACAGUUCACUGUACCACAUUGAUCCAGCCUCCCAAGGGUGUAUAUGUUAUUCAAGCAUGAUGUUAAUGAUAUUCAGAUGUUCUGCAUCCAUGCAAUGAUCCUCCCCCAAUGUUUUCACUGUGGUGAAUGCCAUGUAGACUGAAAUACUGAAGGUAAAAAAAGAAAUCAGUUAAGGUCUUAAAUAAUCAUUGUGGUUGUCUUAAUUCUAUAACAUGCUAUCAGCCAAAAUUUAUAGAUUAGCAUGGAAUUUUAACAAAUUGUUGAAACAAAUUGGCUUACAAAGGCUACCUUAAACUAAAUCCACUAUCUAAAUAUCAGAAGAAUAAAGGUGCAUUUAUUCAAACUGUAACCUUCUAAAGUUUUUAAUCCUGGAAAUGUAUCUGAAAUUAUAGCAUUCUAAUUAAAAAUCCUUCAAUGGCCUCAAGUAAUACUCUUUUUUUCCCUAUUUAUGUGAUAAGGUGGCAGAUAUAUGAUGCAGUAUUGAUUGCUGUUAGUAUUGUCCUCAGCUAAUUGGAUUUCUUGUCCCUUAGUAGCUUGAGUUAUGUUAACGUUCUAUGCACUAAAUUUGCAAUUGUUGAUAAAGAACAAAUUUAAAACAAAACUUUGAAUUAUCAUUACACCAUGUAGCCAGAGGAAGAUUCUAACUAGAGCUAAGCUGCUCAGAAGUUGAUUGAAUUGUAACUUUCACAAUAUCUAUUCAUUGCUUUAGGAAAGCCAAUGGAAAAUUUCAUGUAACAAGAAGGGAGUAAUUCAAAUUCACCUUAACACAAGAUGUAAAUUAUUUUGAGUAGUUCAGAAUUGGAUUUUAAUACAGAACCAUUACCUGGCAGUUUUCUUUUACAAAGCUGCUGUUAACAUAUAAACGUGCUUCAAUUGUAUUAUUAAUUUACUUUGGAAAUUUACCUCAAUUGCCUUGAACAUGAAUAAUAUGAUCUUUCUUUACCUCACAAAGUUUCUCCCUUAUGUUCUCUGUUGAAGCUGUUGAUUCUAUCCAUGUAGUUGAUUCAAGUACAUGCAUGGAUGAGGUAUUCAUCCUACAUAUUUAAACCCCUGGAUUUGGUUAAAUUACUGUUCAAUCACAGUCCAGUCUUGUUUGUAGCAUCAACUAAUUAACUGUGCUGAUUGGCGAUUGGAAAUACAGGUCACUUUAUUCCCCUAAGCGCAGAGAAGCUGAUGCCAAUCAUGUAACUCAGCUAUGGAAAUAUAAUCAAAUCUAGAACAAACAUGGUUCAGCAAACUCACUGAAGACUCUUGUUGAUUCACCGGUGGGACCAAAUAAUUUUUAAAGUUACAGCAUGAUUUUCUAUGUGAUUGCAAUAAAAUAUAAAUUAAGAAGCAUAUUGAUUUUUAUGAAUACAGACCCAUAUGACUAAUGAGCUGUUCAAAUAGGCUGCAGCUUGUAUAUUAAUUCAUAUUUAAAUUUAAAAGUCUCGCACAUCAUAGGAAUGUGUCGUAAAUUCUCUCUCAAGUCUAAUCAGUGCUAAACAAGGGGCAGGUAAAUUAUUGAAAAUCUCAAGUGAACAAAACAUUUUUUUUCUUUUGUCUGUGUAUUUCGUUUUUUUUUAAUUAAUAAUAAGCUCUGGUAUGUCUUGUAAAUCGUACUUGCUUCUAAAACAUCUGUAAAGCUACACCUGAUUCCUGUACAUGUUUUGUGGAUACAAGUACCAUUCUCAAAAACGUAGAGCAUAUGUUUUGUACAGAUUUAUAUACAAAAUACAAUGUAUUUAAUGUUUUAGGUAAGAGAAAUGUUAGAUAUUUAGUAAUAACAUUGUAAUUGUUUUCCGUUCAGAUUUUAUUCUUUUUACAAGUGAUCUGGCUAUAAAUUCUAGUAUCUCGUGCUGAAAAUUCAAAGUAAGUGCCUUAACCAUAUUUCAUUUUGCUUUAGUUUCCUGUUGCAAAACGUAACUUUUUCUACACUGUAUCAUAUAAAGUGCAAAUUCUCUGCCCUGUGGAGCAGUUUUGGUUACUUGUUAUAGAUCAACCAAUAACAUCUAUUUCUCAUUGUCAACACGGGAUGCAACUGAAGUGAUAAUUUUCAAAGCCUACACUGCUUCAAACUAAAAUUGAGAAGAUACUGAGAAAUGUGUAUCUGAAUUCUUCUCCUGUUUCUUGGUGGAGAAAGGAAAUAGUUGCUUAAUGGUACAUAACUUGAUUACUACUGAAAAAAGGUCUACUGUUAUUGACAUUCAUCUUGAUUCUCCAACAUCAGCACACCCUUUGGUAUAAGACCUUAAGAAAGAGGAACAGGAAUAGGCUAUUUGGCCCCUCGGGCCUGCUCCCUCAUUCAAUAGGAUCAUGGUUAGAACAUAG